GGGAAGUUUACAGUUUGUGCGCCAAUUUCGGAGAAAGAGACAGACAGUGCAGGCUAUUGAGGAAAGAUCUUCAUCAGCAGCAGCGGCGGGAUAAAUGCUUUCCACAACACCGAAAUAACAACCCCUGCUCUUCAAGUAGUGCCUUGGCACCUUGUACAUCACCUGAAGAGGAAGACAGGGCCUUAAUAUAACUCCUUCUGCAAAAGCCAGCACCUUCUUCGAAAUCCAAAUUAUCAUCAACAGUCUCAAGUGUAAUUUGAACCCACGAUCUUCUAACUAAGAGAUGCCUCCCAAACGUGUUGCAGCUGUCAGAACAAGGGCUCCACCCAAGAGAAAGAUGGCUGAGGAACUUAAACCAGGGGAAGUGCUGACUGAUACUGCCAAGAAGCAAUGGAAAAUUGGGAAGCCAAUCGGCAAGGGUGGAUUUGGCCUCCUGUACCUGGCUGAUGAAAAUUCUGACAAAGCAGUUGGAAAUUGUGCCUCAUAUGUCAUUAAAGUGGAACCCAGCACCAAUGGACCACUUUUUUCAGAACUCAAGUUUUAUAUGAGAGCAGCAAAACCAGAGCUAAUUCAUAGCUGGAUAGCAUCCCGCAAAUUAAAUUAUCUUGGUGUACCCAAGUAUUGGGGCUCAGGACUAUAUGAUAAAGGAGGCAACAGUUAUAGAUUUAUGGUGAUGGAUCGGUUUGGAUCUGAUCUUCAGAAAAUAUUUGAGCAAAAUCAUAGGAUUUUCCCAAAGAAAUUUGUGCUGCAGUUGGGUCUUCGCUUGAUUGACAUUCUAGAAUACAUCCAUGACCAUGAGUACGUGCAUGGGGACAUCAAAGCUUCAAAUCUUCUCCUCAGUUACAAGAAUCCUAAUGAGGUAUAUUUAGUUGAUUAUGGCCUUGCAUAUAGAUACUGUCCAGAAGGAGUACACAAAGAAUACAAAGAAGAUCCAAAGCGUUGCCAUGAUGGUACUCUUGAGUUUACAAGUAUUGAUGCACAUAAAGGAGCAGCUGCUUCCAGACGUGGUGACCUUGAAAUCUUGGGAUAUUGCAUGUUGCAGUGGCUCAGUGGGAGACUUCCCUGGGAGGAUAAUCUUAAGGAUGCCAACUAUGUCAGAGAUGAAAAAAUCAAAUACAAAGGAGACAUUCCAGGUUUAAUAGAGAAAUGCUUUCCUUGCAAAAAUAAGCCAGCUGAGAUGACAAAGUAUUUUGAAGAUGUACUAUCUCUGGGGUACAAAGAUAGACCCCAGUACCAGAGGCUGAGAGACAUCCUCAAGCAAGGAUUUAAAUCUAUCGGCUGCAUAGAUGAUGGUGUUUUGGUUUCAGGAGCAUCUUCCAAUGGUGAUGCACCAACAACAUCCAAACAACAGAAACGAUGUGCUUCAAAGACUGUUGAUCAUGAAGGCAAUGCCUCUGAUUCUGAGUUAAAGGGUGGAAAAAGAAUGCGAAAAUCUCCAAGAGCCAAGAAGUCGGAAGCAAGAAGGAAUUUGAAGAAAGUAGAGAUGGUUGAAAUGGGCACUCAAACUUCUCCCUCAGUUUUGACAGGCCAUGGGAAAAGAAAACACCUAAGUAAAUGUUAAAAAAAAGCAAUCUUAUUAUGAUUGUCCUCUGCUUUACUUUUUAUUAAAGUCUGAUUCUUUACAAUGAAGUUGUUCUGAAAAUUAGUUUUUUUUAAGAAAAAGAUCUCAUUUUUAUGUUGACUUUUAUGUGUUGUGCUUUGCGUUGCUGAAAUAAAAAUUGAAACAUUU